CAAAGAUGGUGGAUUGUGAAAAUACUGCUCACACGGAAAACAAAAUGAAAAAAUUGGAGUUGUUGAAAAUAUUUUUCACAGAGAGAUUAGCUGCGGCUGCAGAUGAGAUAUUUGGGGCUGUGAAGGGUACGAUAGUUGAGUACCAGACAGAAAUCGUUCGUUCCAAGGAGGAGAACAAUCAUCUCCGAAAGCUGCUGGAUAUCGCUGUCCAGCGCGUUCUACUUCAAACAGACUGUCAUGCUAUCCAUCUCACCGAAGAUGCAUCUUCACCUGAGCAGCAGCAUCGUGAGCAGGAGCGGACGCCCGGUCUAGGCCAGGAGGACCCAGAGUCCACACAGAUUAAAGAGGAACAGGAGCUCAGAACCAGUCCAGAGGAAGAGCAGCUUCAAGGGCUGGAGUCUGAAACCAAAGGAGAAUCCAUAUAUACGCCUCCCUUUGUGAAAAGUUACUGUGAUCAGGACCCACCUCAGCCUUCACAUCUUCCCCAAACCGUGGACAACAGAGAAGGAGACUCUUUAGCUAGGACCAUAUCUAAUAAGCAGAUCAAAAUAGAGAAUGAAGGAGAAGGCUACAGCACAUCAGAACCAACCAGUGACUUACAGCCUGUAUUCACCGUGAAUUCAGACUGUCUUGCAGCUCGGAGUGAAAACAGUGCCCAACCCAAUAUCAACAAUAGAAUUCAGAGAGGACUCUCAGAAUAUAAGGCCCCACAGCCACAGGGAACAUAUGAAAGAGAAAGUAUAGGUCUACACAUACAUGUUAGAGGCCAGAACACCUCCAAGCUACCUCAACAGAGAUCCCCCAAUCAAGCCCAAGGCAUACAGAGAGUGUAUCCUUGCCGGGAGUGUGGGAAGUGCUUCAAUUUCUCUUGUCAGUUAGAAGUCCACAUGCGAUGGCACAGCAAGGAAAGACCAUUCAGCUGCUCUGUGUGCCGAAAAAGCUUCACCACCAUCAGCCUGUUGAGGAGACACCACCGCAUUCACACUGGAGAGAAACCCUACCGCUGUCACAUCUGUGGGAAAUGUUUCAAUCAGUCGGCUCACCUGAACACCCACUUUAAAAUUCACCCAGGGGAAAGACCACACAGCUGGAAAAUGGCUCAGUCAAAACGUUAACAGCAGAGACAUCUAUGCUCAUUCUUUUGAAAUUAAGUACUUGGCACAGAAGGAGAGUAACAUGUAAAUCUGGGCAGUUUAACUAUUGUCCUGUAUUAAAAACACUAGAAGAAUCAGUGAUUGAUGUUUGAACAAAGCAUUACAAUACAGUGAGGACUGGUGAUGUUGUUCUUUUGUAAUUACACUAGAUUUUACAGGAUGCAGAGGGUAGAAAAUCCAUCUUAUUCAACCUAACUAGAUGCAAUCAAUCAAUUUAUUUGAACAUCCUUAUCUAUUUCCCCUUAGGACUUGGACCUGACUGCUGGGCUGUAUGACUAGCCUAUUAGGGUCUUGCCACAGUUAUCCUUAUCCCUAAUAAUAAGAAGAAGAAUACAUGGGACUUUAAGCACCUUUCAAAAACCCUAAGGACACUGCACACCAAAACAAAACAAUACAAUUAAUAAAAGCUACUUAGCUUAGGCUAGGUCUGAGUAAGGGCGAGCUAAGCUUAGGGGAAUGGAAGACUAAACAAGUGGGCUUGGAUAUUGUUUUUGAAAAUGCGGGUGGCUGGGGGGGAAGAGAGUUUCAGAGUUUGGGGGCAGCGGUGCAAAAUGCUUUUUUAGCAACAAGGAAAUGGUGGAGCGAUUUCUGCGUAGUGCAUCUUUAAAUGUUUUAGUAAAGAAUUGGUCUGUUUCAAGUCA